GCGAUGAAGUCAUCAUCUUGUCUGCCAUGGGAACAGCUGCUAAGAUUAAUCUCAACUUUGACCUCCGACACCCUGUGAACCCACCCUCAAGCCUGGCUCCGCCUUUAGCUCCCCAAUCCACUACAUCUGAUAAGCCAGCUGGCACCGGACUUGAACGAGACAAAGAUAAACAUCUCUAUGUGGAUAUAGGACUUGCCAAUCAAGCACAGAUGAAAGCCUGUUGGGAAAGGUAGUCGGUGUUAUUGGAUUAAGGGACAGUUUUAUCUUGCUUUGAAUAUCAUUUUAUACUCAAAUCCAUUUUUAAAAGCUUUUAGUCCACUGGGCAUUGACAAUAUCUAUUUCUUAUGGUGUUUUUUCCCCCCACUUUUUGAAGUCAUUUCUAACUACCUUCUUCAUCUUGGAGAGCUACAAUUCAGUUUUAAAAAAUUCAAGUUACUCAAAUAAUAGGCAGAGGCACAGCGUGAGAGCAUGGCAUACAGGACAAGAUUAAUUUUUUUAUGGACCCCACCCCCUUAAGGCUAAAACCAAUUAUUUUCAUUAAUAAAAUACCAUCAAAUCCCAUUUUGACACCUCCCACUAUUCUGGUGCCCUGGGGAGAGUUGCAGACCCUUCUGCCCCCCCCCCCUUUUCCCCCAGAUAAGCCUCUGACAAUAGGAGGCAUUUUUUAUGAUUGUACCCUUAAGGCUAAAACCAAUUAUUUUCAUUAAUAAAAUACCAUCAAAUCCCAUUUUGACCCCUCCCACUAUUCUGGUGCCCUGGGGAGAGUUGCAGACCCUUCUGCCCCCCCCCCCCUUUUCCCCCAGAUAAGCCUCUGACAAUAGGAGGCAUUUUUUAUGAUUGUAAUACUUACUCGAGGCCUUAAUCUAAUUUAAUUUAUUAUAUGAUUGUGAUAUUAAUCAACUAGUUUAAGACUUACUCUAACUCAGACUUUUGAUUCCACAGCCAAGAGGAGCCACAGCCGAAAUGUUCUAUGUGUCACAUCCCAUACAAUCCAGCAAGUCUUCCGUUCGAGAUACAGUUAUCAAAAUGUGCCAUUUGCAAGUAGAGUAUUUAUACAUCUGUUUAUAAGUAACUGUUCAAUCACUGCAUCGAUCAUUGAACCGUUUGGCUAAGAGUCUUUUUUUAUAUAUUCACGGUAAUAUUUAAUUUAAAAAUAGCCCGAGGUGAAAUUUGCAAACUAAAUGGAAAGUAAAGCAUUUAGCUCUAAAUGAAAAUAUGCUUUACACAUCUCCAUUAAAAUUAACAUAAAGGGAUUUUUGUAUCUUUCAGUUAUUGUCAUACUAAACGCUAAAUAAUUAUUUUAAAGCUUUUGAAAAUUAUAUUGAGCUGAUGAAAAGCAUUGCUCUUCCAGGAAAAAAAAUGUCCCAGAAGUUUUAUUUACAACAAUAGAUCCUCCA